AUGAAUGAUGGUUGUGUUCAAGAAGAAAUUCGUUUUACAGUAUGCCCGGAAAUGAUAAUUAGUUUACUUGUAUGUGAAGUAAUGAAGGAUGAUGAAUGCAUUUUUCUUAUCGGCUGUGAACGCUACUGUUCGUACAAAGGUUAUGGAUUUGGAUUAGAGUUCAAAGCUGAUUUUGUGGAUGACACGCCAAAAGAUGCAUGGGGUCGUAAAAUGUGCCAUGUAGUAGCUAUCGAUGCAAUUUGUUUUUCAUCUUCAUCGAUGCAAUUCAAUAUACCUAGUAUACAACGAGAAUUAACGAAAGCCUAUGCAGGUUUCCAAAAUUUGAAUUUAUCUUCAGAACAACACAUCGUUGGUGUUGCUACUGGUAAUUGGGGUUGCGGUGCUUUUAAUGGUGAUAUUGAACUAAAAGGUAAAAAAGUACAAAAAAACAACAAAUAA